CCCGGGGCUGUGGGGUCGCUCCUGUGGGACCUUCGGCAAAUCCCUGUCCUCCUGGGCCGGGCGAACAAGAGCGUGGAGGGAGCUAGCUCAGUGUGACCGUGAGUCACGCCCGUGGUUCCCCUGGAGCCCGCCCCUCUUGGCAGGCCAGCCAGGGUAAGGUGGGGUGGGCACUGCCCCGCCCCCCCCCCCCGCCCGAAUUCCCAGGGCCUCCCUCCUGGCUGCUGCCUGGAGCCGGGGCUGUGGAGGCUGUGGCUGUUGGCUGGCCUCUAAGUGUCUUGCCCUCCUUCUCCUGGUGGGAGUUGCUCCUUGUCCUGGAGGCCAGCAGACUCCUUGUGAGGGCCUUGGGGGUGGCUCCUCAGGCCUCUUCCUCCCCCUCCUCACUGGCUGGGUGGGGGUGGGAAGGGGGCGGGCGCACCCAGCCGGGGCCGAUGAUUUCCUGCCCUCGUCGGGGCUCACCACAGCUUCCUGCCACAGGCGGGCAGGCACUGGGGAACAGCAGGCGCCUAGCCGAGGGGCAGGUAGGGCUGGGGCGCAGGGGCUGCGCAGGGGCGACCGGCAGCCCAGAGCCUGGCCGGACCGCCCUGGGAUCUCCGGUCUUCCCCAGCCAGCGCUGACCCCCUGCGCCGUCCAGCAAGGGGAGGGGGCCCAGGGAGGGCCCAAGGAGGGCACAGCUGCCCCCCACCCAGACUUCCAGGCUGGUGCCCACUGGGCUCCCGCACCCCCGCUGGCCCAGCCCUCACGGUGCAGCGGCUUGGCCCUUGAGGGCGGGCGGUGGGCCCCAGCUCUCUCCCGCAGAUGGAGGCUGUCGUCCUCAUCCCCUGCGUGCUGGGCCUCCUGUUGCUGCCCCUGCUGGCUGUAGCCUUGUGCGUGCGCUGCAGGGAGCUGCCCGGCUCUUAUGACACUGCGGCCUCUGAUAGCCUGACCCCAAGCAGCAUUGUGCUCAAACGGCCUCCCACGGUCGUGCCCUGGCCAUCAGCCACCUCCUACGCUCCUGUUACCUCCUACCCACCCCUGAGCCAGCCGGACCUGCUCCCUAUCCCGAGGUCCCCACAGCCCCACCGCAUGCUAUCUUCCCGGCCGGACUCAGCUGGUGCCAACAGUGUGGCAAGCUACGAGAACGAGGGUACGUCUGGGGCCCCAGGUGCCCCGCUUGCAGGCAGGCUAGGGCCUGGCCCGGGCCCCGCUGAUCGCCGUGUCGCUACCCCAGAGCCCGCCUGUGAGGACGAGGACGAGGACGAGGAGGAGGACUAUCACAAUGAGGGCUACCUGGAGGUGCUUCCCGACAGCACGCCAGCCACUAGCAGUGCUGUGCCACUGGCUCCUGUGCCCAGCAACCCUGGCCUCCGAGACAGCGCCUUCUCCAUGGAGUCGGGGGAGGAUUAUGUGAAUGUCCUCGAGAGCGAGGAGAGUGCAGACGUGUCUCUGGGUGAGUGGCCGGUGCCCGCUGGGGUCCCCCCCCUCCCUCCCUCACCCUGCUGUGGCCCUCUUUCUGAGUGUCCUGCUCUCUUCACCCUCCACGUGGCCGCCCCCCCUUCUGCUCUGCCCCCUGCAGAUGGGAGCCGGGAGUAUGUGAACGUGUCCCAGGAGCUGCCGCCCAUGGCUAGGACCGAGCCUGCCACCCUGAGCUCCCAGAAGGUGGAGGAUGAGGACUACGAAGAGGAAGAGGGAGCUCCAGAUUAUGAGAAUCUGUAGGGGCUUAACUGAGGGUCCGCAUGAAGCCAUGCCUGUCCUGGAACCAACCUCUCCUGGGAGCCCUGAGCUGGGCAGCCGGCAGGGCUCUGGGGGGUCCCAGUGGCACCCCGCCCUGACUCCAGCCUGAGAUCAGUCUGAGACUCUCCCCCUAACUUAUUGUCACUUUGGGGUCCAGCCUGUGUGCCCCCAACACUGCACCUUCUGACGCAGCCUGAGAAUGAACUACCCUGGCCCCAGCCCUAUUCUGCAGUAGAAUAAAGGCUGACGUGGUCUGUAGCGCUCUUGCUUUUGGGGGGCCUGGUGGGUGAGAGUCCGUGUGAGGGGGGGCUGUGCCCGAGCGCCCGUGUGGGAGUGUGUGUAUGCACGAGCCUGUGUGUGUGUCUGGGGGUCUCCAUCCCCCACCCCGGGGCCGCUGCGCUCUGGAAGGUCCUGACCCGGGACUGGGAGUGGCCGAAUGGUGGCAGGGACACGGCUCUGGCACUCGGGCGUGAGGCAUGUCCGACCCAGGCUGCCACUUCUGGGCUUUGGUGCAUCCCCCCAUGAGACAGUCCAUGGACGCAGCUGGGAUGAUGGGGGGGCAGGGCCGGGGGGAGCCCCGGGUGCCGUGUGGAUGCCUAGAGCUUCCCCCCCCCUGCCCUCAGUUUCUCCAUCUUUAAAACAAGGGGACGGACUGGACCCCGGGCAAUUGAAAGGUAAUGUGCAGUGCAGCCAUCCUGACCUUGGUGUGCAGAUGACUCCCUUGGAGGUCUGGCUAAAAUGCCGAUUCCAAAUGAGUAGGUCUGGGAUGGGGCCUGAGAGUCUGCGUUUCAAAGGAGCUACCAGAGGCUUCUGACAGCUCUGUUCCGGGAACCACACUCUGAGCAGCUUCUGGUGGAUGCCUCGGUCACUGUGACUGGCUCUGCUCUGGGCACGUAACCUAAACCCGGGCCCCUGAGGACCGGCCCUGGGAUUUGGGCAGGAAGUGUCUGGAAGGCGAAGCUCUUCUUGUUCAUGGCAGUUGGUAAACUGGACGACUAUAUUCCUAGAGCCCCUACUUGGAGAGCCUGCCCGAGAAUGAAGGUGAUGUGGAGGACAGAAUGGUCCAGAGGCGGACAGGGCCAGCUUCCCGUUGGAGUCCGAAUUCUUGGAUCCAGGCACACCUGAAGCGAGAAACCCCCUCCAGCUUCCCAGUUACGUGGGCCAAUAAAUUCCCAGUUGUCUUCAACCGGCUUGACUUGGGGUUUCUGUUGCAUACAACAAAGUAGCCCAGAGGAAUGCACAGAGUUGUCGGCGUCCUCUGUGGGCUUGAAAGGCAAUAGUAACAACUUCUUCAAGCACCUGCCAUGUUGCCAUGCUUGUCUCGUUUAAUCACUGCCAUUCCCCUCUUUGCGGUUUACUGGGGGUAUCCCGAUUCACAGGUGGGGAAACGGGCCCAGAGAGAAGCGAUUUGCCCAAAGGCACACAGCCAACGUGGUAAAUCCGGGAUUCCAUCCGCAGCUGUUGGCCUCUGGAGUCCCUGCUGCCAAGGUCCUUGCCCUGGCUGGUUGUCCAAAGCGCCGGCUGCUCUCCAAGGGAGGCUAGUAAGGGGCCCGACUGGAAAGGUGGGGGAGGGAGGCCCGGGGAGAGGGCUGGAUGGGCUGGACGUCAGCGGGCAGAGAUUAUUUGGAAGAAACAGACAAGGGAAGAGGCACCUUUGUGCCUGGGCCGAGGAGCAGAAAGUUUAUCAAAAGGUAUGUUGGUACGAGCACCUUGGAGAACAAUCUAGCAGCAUCAGCAGGGCUGGAGAUGGUGGGUCCCUUUACCUAGCAAAUUGCUGGGUAUAAACCCUGAGUGAAUAGCCCGCGGACUGAGGGGGCGGGUACCAGAGGCUGGGGCGGCCUUGGCCUUGCAAUGGCGAUGGGCAAGGGCAGACAGAGGCGAUCACUGGGAGACUAGGUGGAGCACUUAUAGCCUGGUCACACUGUGGGUGGAUGCGCCCCAGCAGGUAAAAAUGAGCGCGGGGAAAAGCGCGCUGGGGCAGCACCUGUCAGCACGGAUAAACAUCACCAAGAGAAUAUGGAGUGAGAACAGGAAAACAAGUUGUUUUAUUUAUAUGAAGUUGAAAGCCUGAAAACGGGUAUAUCUGGUUCAGGGAUACACACGUAUGCAAGACAGGCAAAGCAACGAGGAAUACCAAGUCCAGGGGAGAGGCAAUCAGGUGGCCGAGUGUGCGGAAUGGUUGGGAAGGCAUUCAGGAAGGCCUCAGUGAUAAGUACUGUCUUACUCUUAAGCAGGAUUGGGUUUGCAACUGUUUGAAAUACUAUUCUCUUAAGUGUUUGCAUAUCUGAGCGAUUUCAUAA